GGAGUGCAUUAUUUUGCCAACAGUAUAUCCUCCUGCAAGACAUCAAGUCACAAAAAUUUGGUAGGACUACUUGUAACUUACUUUUACUCGUGACAUUGUAGCAUAGAGUGUCACGUGUCAAAGAUUGUUAUUCUAACGCAGUUAAAAUAAUUAACGUAUCAGCAGGGCAAAAAAAAUAUGUUUGAUGGAAGAUCAAUAUUAAAAACUAGGCUACAUAGGCGACAGAAGACAAUAAUGACGUGGGAAUUAUACAGCAGAGAAACUUUACGGAUCCAUUUGCUGCUGAGGUUUCUGCUCUAUUUUCACCUGGCGACCGUGGUUGGAGCCAAUGGAGACGUUGCCCAUCCUCACACCCGCCUGACUGUCAACUCCCCCCACCUUUCCUACAUGUGCGAGGUGGGUGCCAACGUCACCCUGCUCUGUGCCCAGAGAGGUGCCAAGCUGCACCCCUCGGACCACCUGCAUCAAAGCUGGCUUUUCACCCCCCACUCAGCUGAGCAUUGCCAUGACAAGGUGCACCCCCGCGACCACAAUCACCGGGGCAACCAUUCCAGUGCGGCGCUUCCUUGGGGGGUAAAGUACGGGGCAAGCGAAGAGUCUUUCUGGGUGCAACUACAGCUUGUCAACAAUUCUGACCAAGGGCGUUACUGCUGCCUCUCCCUGGAUAUUAACAAUGGCAAGGUGGUGCAGAGGACGCAUAGCCACGUCUUUCUCACUAUCACACCUCGGAAAAGAGACGAGGCGAAAUGCACUCUAUUGGACAUCAAGCCAGCAGAAGGGUCAGUGACUGCAGGCCUGGCCACAGCUGCUUGCAUCAUGGCUAUUCUCUCUUUGCCCAUCAUCCUGGUGUUAGUGUACAAGCAAAGACAAUCUGCCCAGUCCAGCCAACGUGCACACGAGCUGGUGAGAAUGGACAGUGAGGCUGCGGGCCAUGUGAACCCAGUAUUUCUGGGGGUCUCACCCCCGGGCCAGGCUAAGACCAGGACUGUGUCUCAAAUCAUGACCAGGCAGUCCUCAGAGACAGGCCGACACCUGCUUCUGUCCGACCCUGGCACCCCCCUAUCUCCUCCCGCACACGGAGUUGUCUUCUUCCCAGAACAGGAUCCCAUCCUAGAGUCUCCUGAUUUCCUGCAAGUCUAGGGAGAAGCAGUCAAUGGCUCCCUAACCCAGAAACACCUUGUGGUUAGUUAUUCAUCGUCACUCUGCCAUGUCACCCUGAAGCCUGUCUUACAACCUUCUCUGCUGGGAGAGCUCUCUCUCUGUGUACCGCAUCCUGGAUGGAUGGGCGAGGGAAGGAGGGGACAGUUUCUUCUAAAAUAAAUGUUCCACCUGCAACAACAACUGGAGGAGGCCAAAGAGGGGGGGGGGGAUUUGUUCUCGACACUUGUGUUGCAGUGGGGGCCCGCUAAGUAUGUGACGCACCGUCUGACCACUGACGACAGCUCAAGGACCAGCAGGUGCUCCUGAUCUGAUGUCCCAGGACUGUACUGAGGAGGAUGGGGGGAGUGUGGGUGCAGGGUGGGCUGUAGAGGAUACAAAGCAACUCCCGUGGACUCUUGAUGACAUGCUCCUCACCAUUUCCCUCACCAUUUUCCCCAAAGAGAUUUCCCCCAUAUAGGGCCCGUUCCCCGGACACAGAUUAAGCAUCAAUCUAGACAGAAAACAGUGUAAACUUUGGUUUAGACAUUUGUUUUCCACAAACCUAUUUUCCAGUGGCAAUUGACGAGACUGACAAGACAGACCUAGAAAAACACGAACUGAACGAAAGUGAUUUUUCAUUUCAGUUGACUAAAAUGAGACAUGACAACAUCUAUCUAUCUCUGUGAUUAAAAUCGGACUCUUUAGUGGACAGGACAAUAGUUUUUGAACAAAUCUAGCACUUUUCAGUGAUAAGCACAAUUAAUAUUAGCAGGACAGAUGUAGUUCUUUUCAGCAGUAGGAAGGAUGCACCACACCCGGCACACACAGCCUCCAUCAGCUGGUGAGCUGGGGGGGAGCAAGCGAUGAGUGUGGACAGGCAUUGCACAGGCAACUCUUCUUAAUUUCCCGACAUUGCGCAGGCAACUCUUCUUAAUUUCCCGUAGCUAGCCAGUCACCACUAGCAUUCUAGUCAGCUACCCUUUGCCUGGUUAAGAAACACAAGCUGCUUUACAAAAUGUAAAACAAUAGCAGCAUUGAGUUUAAUAGUACAACUACAGUCUAGCUAUGUUCUUCUCUUCCUUGAGUAGAGAAAAGUAGGCUGUUUUUUGAAUUUGUAGUCUUCGCACAACCCUCUCACCUUCCCCACUGACUUUCAUAGGCAGGUUCUGUCGCCAAGUCUCCCUCUUUUCCUCAGAGAAAACGCUUGAUGCUAGCCCUUACUGUUCAAAAGAUAUGACCCGGCUCUAUGUUGUUUCUUUUUAUUGUGCAUUGGCGGGCUGCAUUUUAUAUUCAUAAAGAAUAUUGUGGGCCGUGCUAAAAGUAGGCUACUUGCAGACCAGACCGUUAACCAUUCGUUUAGACUACACCUUGUUCAGUCAUGUUACCUCAAUAGCUAGCUAUAGCUAACAAACUGGGGCUCGUUCAGCAGUAUGCAACUUUUUGGAAUGUUCACAUAGAAAUAUGCUAUGUAGAACAAACAUGCCUCUGACAUCUUGCUACUGAACGUGGCUCUGGUAUUACCAGUAGCCCACUGUAUAUGCAAACAUUUGGUGGCACAGAAAGAAAGGAAGAAAGGGAUUGCAAAAAAUGUAUUGACUAAAUUCUUCUUGCCACUACACUUAUAUCUGACUCGGUAAAUAGAGUUAAUGUGCACCCAAGUGACUCGAGCACUGGGACUUUGUGUGUGUGUGUGUGUGUGUGUGUGUGUGUGUGUGUGUGUGUGUGUGUGUGUGUGUGUGUGUGUGUGUGUGUGUGUGUGUGUGUGUGUGUGUGUGUGUGUGUGUGUGUGUGUGUGUGUGUGUGAUAUCUAUGCAAUAUACAUUAUGUGAAUAAAAUGAAAGAGCAUUUAGUUGACUAAAAUGGCCCAUUGUUUUCUUUAUUUUGACAAUAACUCAAUGAAAUCAUUAUUAAACAUUUUUUUUUACUAAGGCGUAAUAUUUUUGUCAAAAUUACUAAGACUAGACUAAAUCUAAAAAAAGAGGGACACAAUUAAAAGGAGAUUCUCCAUUGAAUGUGCUUCUUAGUCCAACACCAUUAGCUUUAUCUGUGUCCUGGAAACUGGCCCAUAGUGUUCUACUUCUUUCUAUGAUGUUUCCCUCUUCCUAUGGCUCUGAAAUGCAUAUUCAGCAAAUUUGCUUGUGCCAAAGUGAUCAGGGUAGUAAGAGGUACCCACCCAUGUGCUGACAGUAGUCUUUUAAGGCCAUUUCCAACCAGCCUUAAACAAUUGUUUCUAAAAAUGUGUUUCUCUGAGCUGUUGUAACGAGACCAAAGCCCCACUUUUAUUUAUCUAAACGUCCCAUUCUUGUGUUGUUCCUCUUUCCCCUUUUAUAUAUUUCACUACCUAAAAUACUGUGUUUCUGUAACCCCCCUCCAUCCCUUCCCUUUCUCGCUCUUAUUCCUUCCCACACCCUUCUCUGCACGUAACAAUGUCCAAAUAUUCAACCAGUACUAGAAACUGUCAAAUAAAUAUUAGAGAUAUAUUGCUAUGCUGGAUGGUCGGUUUUUGAAGAGAAGUGUCGAUUUUGGCUAGUGGAUGGAUCUAGUAACCCAAACUCAAUGAGCCAAAUGCCUUCACUGCCAAGAUGACCAACGUGUUUAUUCCAUGGUGUUCUUGCGUUUACUGUUUUGUGAUAUCCUUUGGCAUAUUUUGUGCUUAUACUUGAUUAUUUGUUAUCUUUAUGUUUAUCUAUCUGUAUGUAUACACAAGUGAAUUGAAAAGUUGUUGACCAAAGCACAAUCAGACAGAGAAGGACAGUGAAAGCAUGUGUGAAGUCGACUAAACUGGCAUUUCAGACAUGAUGUUUAGAUUGUGUCUACGGUAGUGAUAGGUGGCUAUCGAAUACUACUGUAGAUAUUAGAUAAGGGGUGUUCAGUGAAUUGUAAAAAAAACACCCUGAAAUUAGUUGUGUGUGUGUGUGUGUGUGUGUGUGUGUGUGUGUGUGUGUGUGUGUGUGUGUGUGUGUGUGUGUGUGUGUGUGUGUGUGUGUGUGUGUGUGUAAUAGCCAAACAGCUGCAGCUUUGGCAACACCAUAUGAAAUAAAGCCUUUCCCAAAAAUAAUUAAAUAAAAUGCUGAUGUAAUUGUUUUCUAUAAUAAAUCGGCGCUCUUAAACCUU